AUGUCUUCCGAUCUCAAGAACGUCACGCAAACCUCGGACUUUGAGGUCGAUUCUGAUGACGCUCACUACCCUCCUCACGCACGUCUUCUCAAGACAGUCGAUACUGCAAGAGUCAGCUUGACGGCUGUGGCCCUUCUCAUGAGCAUCACCAUCCUUGGUACAUCAGCAGAUGCCCUGGCUGUCUACGAUGCCACCCAUGUACCAGCCGGCUUCAUGCUUCCGCUGUGGCCGGACGCCUUUGACUUGCGUCCAACAGUCGCGCUCGUGGUUGGGAGCUCCAUUCUCAUAAUCGUCAAUCUCGUCUCUCUCCUUUUCAGUCGAGUUCAAAGCCUGCGUGGUCAAACUCUCAUCCACAACUCAUUGGCAGUGGCCGCCCCAUCGGUUGGAUUGGUGGCAUCGAUCAUUGCCAUGUCCUUCUUCUACAGCAUCAACGCAUCGAUCACGGUCGACACUUUACAGAGCUGGAGCUGCCGCUGGUCCGAUGUUGUGAUGAUGACGAGGCCGCAUUUCGGUACCCUCUGCAAGCAAAGCAAGGCGGGCCUCUACCUGUCCAUCCUGCUGAUCCCGAUCGAGGCCAUCAUCGUGGGAAUGGGCGGCUAUCAGAUGAUGCUCGAGCGGUACAUUAGCAAGUCCAACAGAGUGGUACUGGAGCAGCGCAAGUCUGGCAGCCCGGUGCCUUCAUCAGUCCGUGACGUCGAGGGCGAUCACCACUGA